CUGAAAAGUGAAACGUGACGAGCCCCAUCUUCGCCUCUCUCUUUCUCUGCAUUGUCCUCCGUAUAUUGCAAUUUUUCCCCUUCACAUUUCUAUACAUAAAUAUAGAUACAUGUUGUUAUACAAAAUGAAGAGUUCACGUAAUUCCCUUGAUGUUUUUGAAUUCAAAGAAGAAGAUGAACUCACAAAAAUGGCUGCCAAUAGUAAUUCGAGCAAGUAUAGUUUUCUCCAUCGUGACCCAGAGGAUUGUGCCAACAAAAAAAUGCCUGGAGUAAGCGACGUUCAGCAUGUUAAUUCAAGAAGCCGAGAACAAUGUGCUGCAGUUAGAUAUAAUAAGCUUGACUGUGGGAUGGACUACUCCAAUUGUGCCUUUCCAGAAUCUGUACUCAAAGAAGAGUCAGCUGGCAUGACUUCAGUCCCUAAUCAAAGCACUAGUGAGAGAUCUCCUUCAUCUGCUAUUCCACAAGACGAUGCUUCUAAUGAUGGAUCAUCAUCUGAAAACUGCUUCAGUGGAUGGGAUAUGCUUAAUGCAGAUUGGUUCCCACCUAGUGAAGCUUCCCUCAAACGAGCUCAUAUGGAGAGAUUAAUUUAUGAUCUGCUUGAAAAUCAUCUUGAAGGGGGUUCUCCAUCUUGUGCAAGUUACAAGAAUUGUUCCUCUGACAUCCCGAGACCACUAGGAGGGAUUUGAGAUGAUGUCACCGUUGACUUCGUCUUCGAGGAAUACGCAAUCUGCCAGCUACUCCAGAUUGGUUUUAAAGGAGUUUUUGGAGUCAAGAUCUGCUUCAGAAUCGUUUGUCAAUGCCAAGCAUCUUGCUCCUGAGCAAGGAGAUUUUUUUGGAAAGUUUAAGAGGCCUAUUUCGCCAAUAGAGUGGUGUUUGAGUUCUGGUAGUAGCAUCAUGUUCAAUUGGUGGCAUUUGCUGUUGGGGUUCACAGUUCAGGUGUCUUUAAGGUAAGGUUCUUGCCCGGACCUCCAAUGUGGUCGUCUUACUCUUCUAGUGCGGUGAGCGUGGAGCAAUUUCAGUUUGGUCGGAGAAAUUCCAGUUUCUCCUGUGUUCUUCGACUCACCUACCAGUCGUAAUUGGUUUGUAUGUGGGCUGUAUUAUGUAUUUUAGACUAUUGACUUGUGCUAAGUUAAUUCUUAUUGGGCUUAUCAUUUGAGCUAUUUCUUGUUGGGCCUAGUUAAUUCUUAUUUGGCUUAUUGUUAUUAUUAGUAAUUGAAUUUGAAUCUCUGUUAGACUUUGGUUUUGAGGAUACUAUUUUUUACUUGGGCUUGAGUUUACGCGGUUUCAUUAUUUUUGGACUGAUUUGUACACGAUUUCAUCAUGACAACUAAGAAACCUGAUAUUGUCUGCACCGCUUUAGUGGAAAAAACUAUUCUUCAUGAGUUUUUCACUUUUAGUUGUUGGUUGAAGGCAAAGGGGAUCUGCAGAGACAUAUUGAUGGAAGCAUUCCUCCUGAUCAAGAGAGGGACAAAGAAAAGUACCUUGCUUGGAAAACUAAGGAUUCGUAGACUUUAGCCUUGAUCAUUAGAUUAGCUAAUGCUCAAAUUGUUCUAAAUCUCAAGCUUUACAAGUCUACUUGUGCUAUAUGGGAGUUUCUUAAAGAAAAUAUACACUCAAAGCAACAAUGCUCGAUGACUUCAGUUGGAAUUUGAAUUGGCAAACUUUUCUUAGGACUUUCACUCCGUUAAAGAAUUUAAUUUUGGUUUCUGUACUUUGGUUUCAUUCGACGAUUUGGAGGUUGUACAAGCUGUGCAAUUUCUCAUGAAAUUAUGACAUGAAUUUGAAUCUAUCCGAUCCAGUCUUAUGAAUCGCAUAUAUCUUCCAAUGUUUGAUAGUUGUUUGGGUGAGUUACUAAGAGAGAAAUAGCAAUUUAUCACUCAUGCCUCUCUAAAGCAACAACAGAAUCAAGGGAAAUCUAGAUCUCAAGAUAUGUCUAGUGUGCAGUGUUACAGAUGUAAGGUUUUAGACACAUGGCUCUUUCCUAAAAAGGUAUGCAAUUAGUGCAAGAAGACUAGACAUGUAAUUAAGGAGUACCCUAUAUGCCCUCCAUACAAGACUAGAGUGGGUCAUAUUGUUGCUGCUACUUUAGCCUCCAGUUCUGCUUUGUCGGUUGCUACUACUCAGUUCUACUUUGUCCUAUCCAAAACUAUAUCACUCUUGAGAAAUGGUUAUUUCUGCUUUGUGUGCCUUAGGUGUCUCGUGUAAUUCCUCAGCUUCUUCUUCUUAGUUAUUAGACUCAGGUGCCUCUAAUAAUAUGAAUUGUGAUCCUCUGUUACUUAGUAAUCUUAGACCAUAUACUGGACAUCUCAAUAUACAAACUGCCGAUGGGUAAUACUCUUCUUAUCUCAGGAUUGAUUUAUCCACUGAUCUUGUAUCUAUUGGUCAACUUGUUGAUAAAUUGUGCCCUUUUCCUCUUUUGGUUGUCAUGUGCAGGAUCAAAUGUCCGGAGAACGAUCAUAAGGGUGCCUCUAGUCAUAUGACUUAUGAUCCUUUGUUACUUAGUAAUCUUAGACCAUAUACUGGACAUCUAAAUAUACAAACUGUCGAUGGGUAACACUCUUCCUAUCUCAGCAUUGAGUGAUCUAUCACCAGAUUUAUCGAAUGUUUUAGUGUCAUCUAGUUUAUCCACUAAUCUUGUAUCUAUUGGUCAACUUGUUGAUAACAACUGCACUGUGCCCUUUUCCUCUUUUGGUUGUCAUGUGCAUGAUCAAAUGUCCGGGAGAACGAUCAUAAGGGGCCUAGGGAGGGACAUCUCAUUCCUAUUUCGCCAAAGCUUAUUUCAUAUUUUCCUAUUGUUUGUAAUUUUGCUACUUUUGAUAUUUUUAUUGGCAUAAGAAAUUGGGACAUUCCAAUCCUAAUAUAUUACAACAUUUGUUAAACUCUAGUUUGCUUGGUAACAAGAAUUCUGCUUCGGUUCCAUCUCUCUCUUGAUUGUGCUUUAUGUAAACUUGCUAAGAAUAAGGUUUUGCCAUUCCCUUCUCAUUGUUUCCAUGCUUCACAUAUUUUUUAUAUUGUUCAUAGUGAUGUCUGGGGUAUUGCACCUAUAGUAUCUCAUGCUCAUUAUAAGUAUUUUGUUACUUUUAUUGAUGAUUAUAGUCGUUGUACAUAUGUUUAUUUUCUCAAUGCAAAGAGUGGAGUUUCUCUACCUUUUAGGCUUUUAUUACUCACAUUAAAAACCAAUUUUCAUCCUCAAUAUAUUAUGAUCUGAUUUGAGAGGCGAAUGUAUGCCUAAUGUGUUUGAAUCCUUCUUACAAACCAAAUGCAUUAUUUCUCAACAAUCUUGUCCUUUUAGUCAAUAGAACGGGGUGGAAGAAUGCAAAAAUCGCCACCUUCUAGACAUGGUUAGAGCAUUGCUAAUUGUCUUUUGUUCCCUUUAAUUUUUUGUAUGAAGCAUUAUCAACCGCUGUUCAUAUCAUAAAUCAAUUGCCUUCUCUCACUCUCGAUAAUGUUUCUCCAUUUUAUAAGCUCUUUGGUCAUUAUCCCUCAUAUUCCCAUCUAAAUCCCUUUGGCUAUGUUUGUUUUUUCAUUUACUACAACAUAAAAGGACAAAACUUAUAUCCCAAUCUGUCAAGUGUGCAUUUCCACAAUAUGGUACGACUUAGAAAGGCUAUGUUUGUUAUGAUCCUUAGACACAUCGUAUCAGGAUUACUCGUAAUGUCAUUUUCUUUAAAAACAAUCUUUCUUCACUUCUGAAAUUGUUGUUUCCCUUGUGUUCUCUUUCUUAAUUGAUUUCUCUACAGAAUUCGCUCAGUCCAAGUUGGGUCUAGUUUACACUCGUUGGCAUACUGCACAAACCCAACACUCGCGGGGCCACUCCCCGAACAGGGGUGGGAUUACUUGCUUUAUCAGGUAUUUGGGUCGAGGACGGGGCGGUUACGGGUAACAAGGGCCCCAGUCCACCCCUUUUAAUUUUUUUUGAAUAAUUCAAUAUUUUAAAUGGAAAAACUCCACGAAAUUUUAUUAGUUCUAA